AUUGGCGUUCCACGGGCGCUAUGUUAAUGAAGGGGCGAGGUCUUGUGAAAUGAGUAGGUGACGUCAACUCUCAUUCCGCAGAGAGUGAAACAAACAUGGCGACAGAAUGCAGUUGGAAAGGGUACACGCUAACUUUAAUGCUGUUCUUUUGGAGUAGAGUCUGUACGAAUAGAGCGGAAUCCUGGGGGAGCGACAGCCGGAUCCUCGGCAUGCGGCUGGAGAUGAGCGUCAAGCCCGCCACGACCACCGAUGAUGGGAUCAUACAGGUAACCGAGGGGAGCGUAAUCCACCUCAGGUUCUACGGGCUGCAGAUCAGAAAUGACACCUGGAAGCAGAUUAAGUUCGUUGGUCAGGACGAGGACACAGGCUCUGACUUCAACAGGACUUGUUCUCCCUUCACCAAAGACAUCUUCAUCGAGGAGGGUAUGAAUGUCAGCAGUCAGGGCACCUCUGGAGUGCUGAAGGUAAAAAUUAAAGCACUUAGGAAAAGUGAGUCCAAGAGUGAUUAUUGGCUGUGCGUCAGAGACAGCCAAGAUGGGAAGUGGUACCCGCUUGGAGAACAUGAUGGAUGGUUGAGUGUGGUGGAGGAGAAGAAGUCGCUGCUCCCCAUUUGGCUCCAAAUAAUCUUGAUAGCCUGCCUCCUGGUGCUCUCAGGUAUGUUCAGUGGUCUGAACUUGGGGCUCAUGGCUUUGGACCCCAUGGAGCUGCGAAUCGUGCAGAGUUGUGGCACUGAUAAAGAAAAGAAGUACGCACGCAAGAUUGAGCCCAUAAGAAGGAAAGGAAACUACCUGUUGUGCUCACUUCUCCUUGGAAACGUGCUCGUCAAUACCACGCUGACCAUCCUUCUGGAUGAUCUCAUCGGCUCAGGUCUUGGUGCUGUGGUGGCGUCAACCAUCGGUAUAGUCAUCUUCGGAGAGAUCGUUCCUCAGGCGCUCUGCUCUCGCCAUGGCUUGGCGGUGGGUGCCAACACCAUCCACAUCACCAAGUUCUUCAUGCUUCUGACCUUUCCGCUGUCCUUCCCCAUCAGCAAACUCUUGGAUUGCGUGCUAGGCCAGGAGAUCGGCACCGUGUACAACAGAGAGAAGCUAGUGGGGAUGCUCAAGGUGACGGAGCCGUACAAUGACCUGGUGAAAGAGGAGAUGAACAUGAUCCAGGGAGCUCUGGAGUUGAGGACUAAGACGGUGGAGGACAUCAUGACUCCACUCAGCAACUGCUUCAUGAUCAACAGCGACACUGUCCUGGACUUCAACACCAUGUCGGAAAUCAUGGAGAGCGGAUACACUCGCAUUCCCGUUUAUGAGGAUGAACGGACUAAUAUCGUGGACAUCCUCUUUGUGAAGGACCUGGCUUUUGUGGAUCCAGAUGACUGCACUACAUUGAAGACCAUCACUAAGUUCUACAACCAUCCGGUCCACUUUGUGUUUCACGACACCAAGUUGGAUUCCAUGCUGGAGGAGUUUAAAAAAGGUAAAUCACACUUGGCGAUCGUUCAGAAAGUUAAUAAUGAAGGCGAAGGAGAUCCGUUCUAUGAGGUGCUGGGAUUGGUCACCCUGGAAGAUGUCAUUGAGGAGAUCAUCAAAUCAGAAAUCCUGGACGAGUCUGACCUCUACACUGAUAACCGCAACAGAAAGAAAGUGGCACACAAUAAGAACAAGCGAGACUUCUCUGCCUUCAAACAUGAGAGUGAGUCUAAAGUCAAGAUCUCUCCUCAGCUGCUGCUGGCCGCUCACCGCUUCCUUGCAACAGAGGUUAAUUUGUUCAGUCCAGCUCUGAUCUCAGAGAAAAUUCUUCUGCGUAUCCUUAAACACCCUGAUGUGAUCCAGGAGAUCAAGUUCAACGAGACCGAAAAGAAAUCGCCACAUCACUACCUUUACCUGCGUGGGAAACCCGUGGACUACUUCAUCCUCAUACUACAGGGCCGUGUGGAGGUGGAGGCUGGGAAUGAAAACAUGAAGUUCGAGACCGGACCUUUCUCUUUCUAUGGAGUCAUGGCUCUCAGCGCUCCAACAUUAGUGAGUGUGUCUCGUCCUCGUCACCUGUCUCUUAAGAGAUGCUCUCUCUUCUCUCGUUUCCCAGAAUUCCGCUCGCCCUCUCACAUCAGCGGACUCAACCGAUCUGCGUCUCUGAACUACACGGAUCACCCUGAGCCUCAGUCCAUCAGCGGCAGCAACACACAGCUCAGCAGCGCUCCAUUGCCGCAGUACACACCAGACUUCAAUGUCCGAGCUCUGGCGGACCUACAGUUUGUGAAGCUCCCUGGUUCACAAGUGACCUGCGGAAAAUGAAGACGGUCUAAAACUUCUGAACUAAUCGUUCACAAGCUGGCCUAUCGGGACCACCGAAAAGCUUAUUUGAAGUCCAUUAAAGAAGCACGGUCACAGUACUAUUCAAAUAUUAUUCAAAAUAGUCCUGGCAAUUACAAACAGUUUUUCUCCAUCAUAAAUCAUCUCCUUAAACCUCAAAUUGCUCCACUCACAGGAGCUACAGAAGAACAAUGUAACGAUUUUAUGACCUUUUUUAUUACCAAAAUUGCCAAAAUUCGCUCCUCCAUUUCUGUUUCCUCCUCCUUGUCUGUCCCAACUGCCGACCUAUAGUCUGGUAUUUCGAGACUACUCUGCUGCUUCCCAGAAGGUACUCAACUUGAGGUUGAGGACACCAUCAGGGGGAUGAGAUCCUCCAGCUGUGCCCAUGACCCCUUCCCUACAGCUCUGGUGAAAGCAAAUAUUUCUGCCAUCAGUCCCCUUAUCACCAUGAUAAUAAACCAAUCCCUUCAGACUGGUCAUGUACCAUCUGCCCUAAAAACGGCUAUAAUCAGACCACUGCUGAAGAAACCUACCCUUGAUCCUCAAAUUCUUGCUAAUUAUAGGCCCAUAUCCAACCUACAAUUUCUUUCUAAGGUUUUGGAGAAAGUAGUUGCCAGGCACCUUCAGGACCACCUCAAAUACAACAACAUUUUUGAAAAGUUUCAGUCUGGCUUCCGUUCCGCCCAUAGCACAGAAACAGCCUUAGUGAGAAGUACAAAUGACUUGCUAAUGACAGCUGAUGCUGGUUCACCAUCACUCCUUGUCCUCCUGAAUCUUUAUGCAGCGUUCGACACCGUUGACCACGGUAUACUUCUCAAAUGGUUGCACCACUCUAUUGGACUUAAUGACACCGUCUUGCACUGGUUUGAGUCAUACCUCACAGAGAGAUUUGAAUUUGUGGCCAUGAGAAGCUCAAGGUCCUGUUUACAUGCGGUUGGCUGCGGGGUUCCACAGGGCUCAGUUCCUGGACCUAUCUUAUUCAGUCUCUACAUGCUCCCCCUCGGCAAAGUCAUCAGUCACUUGGGAAUUUCUUCCAUUGCUACGCCGAUGAUACACAAUUAUACAUGAAAACUGACACUUAUUUAUCAUCAUCGUCGUCGUCAUCAUUGUCAACAACUCUACCCACACUCACUGAUUGUCUGGAGGAGAUAAAGGAGUGGAUGAAUCAUAACUUUCUCCAGCUGAACAGCUCAAAGACAGAAGCCAUCCUCAUUGGUUCCCCUCAUCAGAUCAGAUCAUCUACCAUAACCUGUAUUACAUUUUCUGGCCAGGACAUUCCCCUAUCACCAUUAGUCACCAAUCUCGGUAUCAGGUUUGACCCUCAUUUAACCUUUGAGGCGCACAUUAAACAUCUCUGCAAAACAUCUUUUCACCACCUCAGGAAUAUAGCCAGACUUCGUCCCACACUCACCCUACAUAAUGCUGAGAAACUCAUUCACGCCUUUGUCUCCUCUAGACUGGAUUAUUGUAACGCUCUUCUGAUUGGGAUCCCUAGCAAGAGCAUCCAGAGACUCCAGCAUAUACAGAACAGUGCCGCUAGGAUCCUGAUGAGAGUGCAGAAAUACGAACGCAUCACACCAAUUCUUCAAUCUUUACAUUGGCUUCCCAUUUCCGCCAGAAUCGAGUAUAAAGUCUCCCUCCUUACACAUCAGUGCAUCUAUGGUAAUGCCCCCAUUUACCUUAAAGAACUCCUUACUCCACAGAUCUCAGCACGUUCUCUCCGCUCCACAGUACGCAUCGGCUACAUCCCCCUAAGACUAAGACUCGCACUAUUGGGGAUAGAGCCUUUUGUGCCGCCGCCCCUCGCCUGUGGAAUGCCCUCCCUGAACGUCUGAGGGCUCCACAAACAACUGAUGGUUUUAAAAAUGGUCUAAAAACAUACCUUUUUAAAAAAGUUUCUUAAUGUUUAAAUUAAAUUUAAUGUUUUUUUUGUUUUACUUAUUUUUUUAAUGGCUCUAACUGCUCUAUUUUUUUAUUGCCUCUUUUGUAGCACUUUGAGAUUUUCUUUAAAAUGUAAAGUGCUUUAUAAAUAAAAUUUAUUAUUAUUAAAUGAUCUUCAAAUUAAA